AUGGGGGUGCUGAAAGAGCUACAAACAGAAACGGUUGAAAUUUUCGCCCACGGGCAAAAAGACCUCUCCCCCCAAAGCCAAAAGGUCCGGGCAGACCUGGCUCACACGGAACGAAAAAACCUCGCAAGCGAAAAACAGCCCCAGAAACCGCGAAGACAAGAAUCUGCUGACCAACCUGGUCACUCAACUUUCGGUUCCUCACCCUCGGAGGCGGAAGAGACGGUAUUGGAAUGCUUGUCCACAAACUGCCUCGGCCUUUCCAACAGACUCGGCGAUGUUAAACAGUCAGCUUACAUUGAUCAACCGUCCAUAAACGCACUCACAGAGACUUGGCUUACACGAGAUGUAACUGACGCGGCGACCUUGCCCUACCAAUGCCGAUCGUCCUCUCUGACACAACCCCGCACCCUUUUGCGAUGCACUGUGGGUCCAAAUACCGAUGCGCGGGUCCUAUUCCCUCCUUCUCGAACACUUGAGCAACUCUCCUCCAACUACCACUUCACUCAUCUCCUUCUUGUAGGUGGCUUCAACGCCCCAAAGGCCUCCUGGAUUGAGUUCCAGCGCGUCCAAUCAGGCGGACUUUUUGCAGCGGCGCUGAUUGAAGUGGUUCACCAGAGCGCUUGGACUCAAAAUGUCGUUGCACCCACCAGAUACCGUGCAGGCCAAAAACCAUCCCUCCUGGAUUUCGUCAUCACCAACGGAAGACACUUCGUUGAUCAGCGACAUUAUGAUGACACUAUCACCGGACAUGCAACAAAGUUGCUAUUCAGGUACUGA